GGCGGCGACAUGCGUUCAAUCACUCGCGGACCGUCAGCCCGAGCAGUUCGCAGAUUGCUGAGUUUUUGUCCCGGUGUCGGGAACAGUAGAGGACCCACCAAAUCCCAAACCCAGUAAACCAACCAACUCUCACCGGCAGCUAACAGGCCCCCCGUGGUCCGGGUUUGGCGCGCGCGUUUACUCAAAAAACUUUCACCGCAGUAGAAUUUUUUUUUAUCGGAGCAGAACUUCACACCACGCGACGUAUAUAUCGUUUUUCCCCGGUCGGAAAAGAAGGUGUAUAUUAUCUCCUCCCAAUUGUGUGCCGUGUCCCCAGUGUGUGUGUGCUGUGCAGUGCUGUUAUGUCGUGAGUGGUGUGUGUGUUUGAUUCUAACUCCGGUGCGCGCUAAAUUGUGUGGACAGAGCGAAUUAAUCAAGACUCUACUCAGGUUGAGGUGCCGGAAUUUUGUCGGAAGUCCACUUGCCGUGGACCACAACCAUAUCCAGAGGGGUGAUCCAAGUGACAUCGAAGGUGUUGUGCGUGUGUGAAUUGAACAGGGAAUUCCCAAGCAGAGACUAGAAUUCGGUGAACCAUCUCUCUCUCUCUCUCUACCCAUCUACACAAAAAACUUCCCGUGGUAAUUCGGAUUUAAAGGAAUUCCUUCACAAUAUCCCAUCAUAUUCGCAAAGGGGAGCUCCAGCAUUAUACAGACAUUAUAUUUAUCAUCCAUCAGUGGCGCGCAGUUAGUAGGUGCUUCCUCCACAAGUGUCGAAGGUGUACCCGGGUGUGUGGGCGCGCGUUUGUGUGUGUGUGUUUUUGUGCAAAGAAGAAGCAGAAGAAAAAAGGAAAAAUUUCCGUGUGUGCGGGCGUGUGUUUGUAUAUGGCGUAACAAAAAAAAAGCCUUCAAUUUGGUCGAAUGGCGCAUCAGCUACCAUAGUCGUCAUCAUCCAUCUAGUAUACUGGUGGAGAAUAGCGCGAGCGUGUCCUCACAUACAUUUCUUUCGCCCAAAUGUCGAAUGCGAAGAUGUCGCACAAUAUAGCACGGACAGCUGUUGUCGUUGUAGCAAAGAAAAGUGAAACCAGCGUCGUCGUAGUCGUCGUUGCACCCUAGAGCCCCGGAGGAUCCUAUCGCCCAUCUAUAUCCUCACACAACGAAUCCACAUCGGGUUGCGUAGGUGUCGCGAAUUGCUGGCCGCGGCGUGCGCGUACGUGAUUGUGAGUAGUGUUUUCGCGCGCUUGUGUGUGGGUGCGGCACGGAAAAGCACUUGUGUGGCAGAAUUUGCACUUGCGGGUGUUGUGUUGUCUGUCGCGGGAUGCGCAAAUAGGAAGACGAAAGGCGCAAAAUACUAUUACGAAGCAGUCAAGUCAAGUGUGCAAUAUCUGGCUAGAAGGCAGUGAAGGCCAACAAGUGUUGUUAGGUCGCAAACCUUGUCCGAGCACGCAGUGGAAGCAGCUGUGUGAGAAAAACCAACUGAAAUCUGGAAAAAUUCUACUAUCAAACUUUGCAAAGCUACCGGCCGGACAAUCGGACGGCGUUUUGGAAAUCUCUCACACACAAUCAAACAUUUGGCGGUAUCGUCUCAUCAAACUAAGAAGUGUUGAGCCGCGCGAGCGAAUCUGUCUCUCCAUCCAGUGACAACCGCACACAAGGCAAGUGAAUGCUCCUGUCGUAACUAUAUUGCGUAGGCUCGUAGGUCGGGUUUUGUCCCUCGCUGCCCCAUAGUGUGUGAUCACAAGUGCGGGUGUAUUGCUGAUAAAGCGGAGGAGACAACACAAAAAAGGAGCAGAGAGAAAACUAUAUAUAUAUCCGUGCGAACCGUGCGUGUGUUUGUGUGUGAUUUGUUUCGGCGACCCAGAAGGAUAACCCGAGAAUACGAGCGACCGAGUGAAAGGAUCGAUCGAGCAAUCAUUAUUGAUCCCGCGGUGUGUUUUGUUGUGUGUGCUGUUGUGUGUGUGUGUGUGCGAGUGUUUGAGCGACACGCACAUUCGCUAUCAUCCAAACCUUUUCGUCGAUCACACCUACUAUCAACCUACUCUACGUCGCCGAUCCUCCCCCCCCCCCCCUAGAGUUAGUGGAGACCGGGCUGUGUGCGUUUACUAAUACGCCUAGCAACAACGACGAAUUGUGAGGCGUCUCAGCGACGACAUCAUCUACAAGGAAUAGUAGUUUCCUUGCUAACGUGUGUUUAGUGUACCUAUUUUCUUUGUGAAAUUAACGUGUAGCUUCGUGAUUAUGGCCUCGAAUCAGCAACACUGGGAGCUAAUGACGUCCACGUCCGAGUUCAGCCUGCUCGAGCUGGAACCGAAAGGCGAUCUGGACCAUCUGAUGGAUUUUGCCACCGACAGUACCGUAAGUAGCGGUGGCGAUGUAGGCCGAUCGGCGGAAGGUGAAGUCACAGGUAGCAGCAGCAGCGGCAGUGCCGGUGACGGUGCGGGCAGCAGCGUUCUCGGUGGUGCAAGUUCCAUCGCAAUGAGUUUCGGUGUGGACGGCAGCAGUGCAAACGUGAGCAGCCUGCUGUCCGGCUCCGCAAGCAGCAGCAGCAGCAGCCCGUACGACACACUGAUGCUAGCAGAUCAGAAACCACAGAUCCGGCACGAUUGUAUGUGGGCCGGCGUGUGUGCGGAUCAGUCACACCCGGAAAAGCACAGCGGUGGGUGCGGUGGAUGCGCACGUCAAAAUUUGCAACAGCAGCAAACGUCGCUGGGAAGUUCGGCCGGAAGUUUGGUGCUGGUACCUUCCAAGGACAUUCCCAAGAUUGUGCCGGGCGCCGGUGAGCAGCCGGCCGAAAUGGUGGUUGGUGGCAGUAUAGUAAAGAGUGGGCCAGCGGGUAGUGUGCUGGCAAACAGAGUCAGCACGGUCAGCAAUGCGUUGCCGUCGUGCGCUCCCGUACUGGUGAAACCGUUGUCCAAUCCGGCAAGCCUGUUGACACCUUUCAAAGCAACACAAAGCGCGGCCCGGAUACCGGCCGGUAGCUCUCUCCUGAUUAAGCGCCAGCAGCAGCAACUUUCCACCGCGAUGCUCGCCCAAAACAGCAGACAGUCGCAGCUGACGCCACCGACGUCCUCGCCAUCGUCGUCGUCGGAUAGUGGGGUCAGCUCGGGUGAGGGUAGUGAAGUGGGCGAACAGAAUUUGCGCAUGGUGCGGGUGCCCCAUCUGCCACGCGGAUCGUUCCUAGCGGCGCGAGAGCAGGAAGCACGCAGCAUAGCGGCCCAAAACCAUGCCCGGCCCGAUACCCCGCUCAGUCUGGACGAUGAUCCGCUCGAGUUCAAGCAUAACCUCGAUCUGGUAGCGACCUGCACGAUCGGGUCCAACCAGCAAAGCCUCCUGCAUACCGCGUCCUCGUUGUCACCGGCGGCUUCCAGUAGCAGCUCCUCGUCCCCGUCUUCCUCCACAAACAGUACCACCGCUAUCCCUACGACCGCCACCAGCGCAAGCUCCGGAACGGCGGCAAUGUCGGGGGUAGAAUCUCGUACGGGGGCCCUUUACGGCCGGCUGGGUGGGAACUGUAGUUGUGGCGGUAUCAGCAAUAGCAAUAACAUCAGUAGUAUAGGCCAUACGACCCAGUGCUACGUCAACUACCUGCAGGACACGAGCAGUGUGGACGAUGUGCGAAUCAAGCAGCUGCGCGAGCAACUGCUAUUGCUCGACGAUCCGUACGCAGUACUACCAAACCACCAUCAUUAUUACCAUCACCCCCACCACCAUUAUAACGGGCACCACCAUCAUCCUCAUCAGCUGCGGCCCGACUCACCCGACAGUCAGCUCGAGCAGCUACUGAUCGAUUUGCGCGAGAUUGAGGGUAGUAGCUGCCUGUUGGACGAUCAGCACAAGACUUCCACGGCAAGCCUUAGCAUAGGUAUGAACGAUGGUUCACCGCUGUCAUCAGUCUCCUCCUCGCUCCACCAUCAACAGCAGCACCAGCAGCAACAGCAACACCACCAGCAGCACCAGCAACAACAGCGCAGUCCCCUAUCCUUGGCACCGUGCGGCGGUGAGUUGAGUGGGGGUGCGCAUGCUACCUGCAGCAAGGAGUGUUGUUGGAGCAGUCUCGAGCUAUCCCAUCAUCUGGCAUCGCCCUCCACGGAGCGCCGGCGGCGACUCCAAUUUGCCCACCGGCGGCGGAGCAUUACCGUUCGCGGAUGGAUGAGCGAUGACGAUGAGGAUGAGGAAGAUGAUCUGCUGAAACAGCUGGAGGAGGAGGACGAUUUCUUCGAAAAGCAUUUCGAGCAAAGCAAUGGAGGUAAUGUGGUGGCGGUUGGUAACGCGGCGACCCGUGGCUACACCAACUCCUCCUCCUGGGAAGAUGAAGAGGAAGAGGACGAAGAGGAGGAGGAGGAGGACGAAGAGGAAAGUGGCGAGGACGAGGAGGAUAAGGAUGAGCAGGAGGAGGAUGUCGAUGAGGAGGACGAGGAGGAAGAGAUGGAUGACGCGAACGAGGAAAGCAUGUACGGUGAUGGUAGCAGUAGAAGUCGGAGUAGAAGCAGAACUAGAACGUCCCGGCAUCGCUACCACAGUCAGUACAACCAUCACCGGCGUGUUGCACGUUCGUACCGCCCGUACGAUGUGGAGGUGUACAACAGCAACGGCAAGCACCAGAAGAAACAGUCCACCAACAAUGUGCUUUCGGCCGGUGGAGUUAACACCAUCAUCGCCGGUUCCGGUGCGUCACUCAAGUCAUCCAUGCUCGGUUCGAAAAUCAGCAGUACGAGUUGCAACGGCAACGGCAACUUAAACAACUCCACCGUCACAUCGGCCGUACAACAGCCGACCGGUGGUUCCGGCGCCAACUCCUAUCAGGCGACACACUUCGGUGAUCAUAGUUACACCCGGCCGAAGGGUGGCUACAACAUGAACGAGCUUGGCGUACAGACACCAUCGGAUUCUGAUGAAGAAAUCGACGUGGUAUCCGUUGGCGACAAAAACCUGCCGACCAACCCGACCGAGCGCGACAUGCGCCACAUGCAGUCGGAGGUCGCGAGCAAGAUACGCACCGCAGCGUCUCGUAACACCGGCAAUGGUUCGCAUCCGUACGGUACGGGCAGCUCCCACUACCAGCGUCAGCAUCAUCUGGCCGAUGGGCAACGGCUGCACCAUCAUCAUCACAGCCUCGGCGGCAUCUAUCCAACGCCGGCCGGUUCGACGACGAUAUCCGGUGCGAACACACCGUUGCCGACGCGAAGUGGCGGUGCGAGCGUUGCCUCCUCGCCACCGCCCGCCCCCUGCACCUCCACCGGUCUGCUACGCUCCAGCUCGUCGUCGUCCGGCACCUCAUCCCGGAAGCGGGCGAUAGGUGGUGGUGGCAGCAGCAGUAGUAAACGCUCGUCGAACGCAAGCAAACGAAUGCGUCUCGCACACUCGAAGCGUGGUGGUAGCGGGGGCAGUGGUGGUGGUGAUAGCAGCAACCAGGCACUGGCCGAAGAGCUCGACACGGUCGAGAAGCGGAACCUGCACAACAAUCUCGAGCGGCAGCGCCGGAUCGGGCUGAAGAAUCUGUUCGAGGAGCUGAAGCGCCAGAUACCGACGCUGCGCGACAAGGACCGUGCACCCAAGGUAAACAUACUGCGUGAGGCGGCUGCCCUCUGCACCCGCCUGAUACAGGAGGCGGAACAGGUGAAUGAGCUGCGCCAGCAGCAGAUGAAGCUGUACGAGCGCGUGCGCUAUCUGCGCGCCUCCAUUCACAGUCAGCACCGGCACGGCACGGACUAAACGAAACACCAUCAGUCGUUAUAUGGGUGGGAGGCGGAGAGAAGGUGGCGAGAGGAGAGAGAGGAGAGUGAUAUGAGAGAGAGUGAGAGGGAGGAAAAGGAGGUAGAGAUAUAUAGGGUAGGGCGAGAGAAGAAGGAGUAGAGAUGCCGAAAAGGAUGUUGACUCCCACACAUGUCACGUCGGGUAUGUUUUGUGGUACACAUGACCUUGUUUUUUUAUUAUUAUUUUUAUAUACAUAUAUAUAUAUAUGUAUAUAUUCCUCUUUUUUUGCUUAAUAUACAUUAUCCCGGGAGGAACAAACCCUCACAGCAGAGAGAAAGAGACAAUUAGAAUAAACAUUUCAAAUGGAUUUUUUUAGGGGUUAGAAAAGAGAGAGGAGUGAAUAGGCGGGAGGAGGCGUGGGAGUUAAUGAAGAUGAAAACAAACUAAUAGUUCCUGAUUUUUUGUUUUUGGUUUGUUUGUAAACAAAAUCAAACCUACCCUUUAUAUUAUCAUGUUAUCAAUUACUUUGUUCAAAGACGGUUUUCAUUUCACCUGUGCGUUGUUGGUGGGUGUGUACAUAAAAAUGUAGGGUUUUUGGGAAGUUUGGGGGUAUUCACACAUAUAUAUGCAUACAUUAUAUUUGGGGCGGAAGUUUAGUGAUCCUAGAGAAUUAGAGUUCGAUUUAAAAAAAAGAAGAAGCAUAACUAAUGCCCGAUGGACGGUUGGUGGACUAGCAUUAACAAAACCAAUAAUUUUUGAUCCAGUGUUGACCAUUGAUAAGCAAAACAGUUUGAUUUUUUUUUUGUUUGGCUUGCUCUUAUCAAGUGUAAAUUUGAUUUGUUCAAUGAAAAGCAAAAGCAUUUUCCUAUUAAAAAUAUAUAUAACGGGAAGGAAACCCCGUUUAGCGGGCUUCCCCCUUAUUUUUUGCAUACGCUUAUUGCUCUUUCUUGUUUUCCUCUUUUUGGGACACACGCGUGUGCGUGGUUCUACUACUAUUACUAGGUUUAAAGAAAAGCUGCGUGCGUCGUAACGACGAUAACAGACAUGAUUUAUUGUAAAUAGGAGAGAGAGAGGAGCAAAUAGUGGUAGUAAAACGAAGAAAAAUUAGAUGCUGAGAGUUAAAUCGCAACAGCGGCUGUCUGCUUACUCCCCCCCCCCUCCCCCCAUAUUUUAACGGGGGACCUGGGAGAAAGGAGAAGAAGGCGGCCUUUAAUUGCUUUUUAUUUGUUAAAAAAGCGACUUUGCUUUUUUUGCUGCUGGGCGGUACACUAUUAUUAAGCGUACGAGAGAGCGAGAGUAUAUGGUUACCUUGAGGAUGAUCGCUGAUUGAUUUAAACCCAGCAAUGGCAAUCGAAACAUAGACCGAACGGGCAAAAUUUUGAUGCCAUCGAUAUAUAAAGGAGUUUCACUCUUUCCCUCAACCUGUCUCGAUCGUUCUUUCCUUUUUUUCCUACAGGUGCUUCUUUCAGGUCAUAGAACAAGUGUUCACAUGUUUAACACAAUUGUGUCAUUCAAAAUGUAACUGCUGUUAUGUGAAAAUGUGCUUAUUGUUUUAAACGUGUGGACACCUGUUUCAUAAGCUGAUAGACACAGUAAAGAAAGGGAGGGAGGGAGAGAGUUAAGGUGGGAGAGAUAAAGGUAAAAAAUCACAAGCAUUUAUUUAUGCUUCACAACCAACUAUGCUGAAGCUAAUUUGUACAUUCACAAAAAGCUAAUUACACACAAUUGCGCAUAUAUUAGGGUAUUAUAUAUUGAAGAAUGCAUUUUACUGUGCAUGCAUAAUUGAACAUAAUUGAACACAAUUUACAUCCAUAGUCCUAUAUAUACAUAUGAUGCAACAGACAUAUAGAUACAUAAAAUUGCUAUAUAUAUAUACUACAGUACAUACAUAGGAGAUAGAGUGCGAGUGGGAGAAAGAGCUGGUGAAGAGAGAGAUAGAGACAAUAUCUACUCGUCUCCAACCCAGCAAUAUUAGAUUGCUAUGAUGUUGAUUGAUAAAACAGAAAUCGUAAGAUAUAGGGAUUAUAUCGAAUAUAAAUACAAGUUUAGUAGCUCUAACAACUUUGCGCUGUAAGGCAAAUAUCUGCAAAAGCACCAUACAGACGAAUACAGACAAGAAAGAAGAAGUAGUGGUUGGGGAAGGCAUUGGGGAUUGAAGGUGACGAUUUUGACGAUGGUUGCAAAUUUUUUGGUUUUUAUGCAUUUUCUCUAAAAAGAAAACUCCAACAAUUUUUUCCUUUUUUUUUAAUCGGAUUCCAAUUUUUUUAAUUUGGUUUGUGCUCUCCCUCAGUAGACACACACACAGUUUAAAGACAAAACAAAAACCAUACAUUUUAGUAUGUAAGAUUUUCUUUUUCAUCUUCUUUAAAAGAUUUUUUCUUUCAAUCGCCCAUUGUCUCACUCUCUCUGAAUUGGAAAACUUGACUGCGGCGCCUAUAGGUAGUAGGUAGCAUAGUAGUGGAGGUAGUAGUGGUAGCGAGUAGGAUGAAAAGGAAGGGGAAAAAGUCGGGAAGAAGAGACCCAGGAAUAGUGAUGCGUAGAGGGGUGUAGGAAAGGGGUGUAAAGUGUGUGUAGGUGGGUGGGGUGAGGUGGAUUUUGAGGGGGGACGAUAUUUGCGCUUGUUUUAAAUCUCCAAGUAUGAUGAGAACAGGAUAUUAACGAUUCUUAGUACUUUUUGAUGGUAUGAUAACACACACACACAAACACAAAAAAAACAAAAACUCACCAUCCACCAUCAUACCCCCCCCCCCCUCCCCUCCAUGAGUACUCACUCACAGCCCCCCACACCCCUGUGUAAACGUUGUGUUCAUUACUUGUUACGAAUAGGAAGCGUGUGUGCGAGAGCGAAAAGCGAAAGCGUGUUUAGAAGGGUAGUUAUGUAAUAUGGAAAAGGUCGCGGUGUGUGUGUGUGUGCAUACAGAAGCGGAAGGACAACGGACAGCAGAAACAAAGAAGAAGAAAAACCUUUAUUUUGGAAAGGGAAAGACAAUACUUUUUUUGUUUUUUUUUUUGUUUGUUAUUUUGAUGUACUUUUUGUUUGUUUGUUUGUUUGCUCCUCUGACCAAAAUACCGAAAUGUUUUUGACACCUUGGUUGGUUUCCCCCCCCCCCCCCCCUUUGACCGUAAGAAUUUUAAUUAGAAUUAGAAUGUGUUUGUAGGAGAGGGCGAGGUGUAGGAGAAUGGAGAAUGCCGCUAUUGCGGAGUGGGUUAGACGUUCCUUUGUGGUGUGCGCGCCGUGCGUUGUGGGUGGGUGGAUGCUGUGCAUGCAUCACAUACCCGGAGGAUUGAUCGAGGUUGGGAGGUUGAGUGUGGACGAGGUGUUUUUUUCCCCCUGUUAGAGUGUAGAGGAUUUCCUGUAGGUAGGAUUUAAGGAUAUGUUUUUUUUACUAUUAUUAGCAUACAUGAUAACAUUGUUUUUUUUAUUGUCUAGUUACAUACAUACUAAAAUUAGUUAGGGUUUUUUUAUGAAAUUGAUUUUAUUGAGCAGUGUGAUGUUGGCGAGAGAGCGAGAGGGACCAGGACACCAGGUAAAGGGAGCCCAUGUCUAAUACUGCGAUUAGUGUGUCCUUGUACUCAAGUACAAGUUUAUGGACACAUUACAUACAAACACACACACACACACAUAAAUUCAACAGAAUUCUUUUACUUCAACUCUACAACCUCAAGCUGACUCGGUCUACCAUUGGCUGGCUUCCUUUGACUUCAUUAACCCAGUACGAUCUUAAUCUUCAAAAUAAUAUUAAGAUCGAAGAAUCCUCACAGAUCGAAACUACUCUGCAUGUAUGUGUGUGCGUGUACAUGUAUCUGAAUAAGAGAUACGCAUCCAUGCCAUGAUGAAAAAAACAAUUCUCGCCCAAUUUUGACCAAUAGAAUUCAACCGAACACAGGCAUCCUACUACUAAGAAUGUGCGCUCCCGAUACACCGGACCCUGUGGGAUUCCUCAUGAACAGUGAAAAGGUCUUCUAGUUUGCUAAGCGUUUUUUUAUGAUUAUUAUAUAUCUACAAAGUAAAUAACGAUAUGUAAGACGUGUCACCACAGGUUAGCGACAAUUAGGCAGCGUACGGCUAGACGAAGAAGAAGUAGUAGUAGUAGUAGUAGCAGUACGAAUAUUGACGAUGUUUUUUUUUCGUUUUGUUUUAUUUUGAAAAAGAUAAUUAGGGGAGAUGCGAAACAAAAAAAGAAACGAAUUAAUGUGUUUUUUUUUUCACUUCCUCUGUUUUAUUAAUUAAUUCCUUCGGAUUUCAUUCGGAAAUUACUACAAAACGGAUUUCUCCCGAUCUACACACGCUGGUUCAUUAGUUUCGCAGUAGCCUUUACAACCUCCCGCUCCAGUUAGUAUGUUUCACAACUACUACUACACUUAUACUACUUGUACUUGUAAGGAUAAAACUCUACUAUUAUAAUAACUAUUUUUAAAACAUUUUUUUUGUAUUUGUUUUUUUUUUUUCGUUUGCAUAAAUGUUUCUUUUCAAACCUAAAACUAUGAAUUGGUGUUUUGUGUUUAUUUUUUGGGACUUUUUUUUGGUUUUGCUUCACAUUCUGCUCGCUAUACAUGUGUGUGUGUGGGCACAGAGAAAGAAAGAAAAAUAAUUUUUUUUUUAAGAAUUGUGUUUACUUAACUAAACAAAGGGCCAUUCUUUUCAUAUAAGUGAUAUUUUUUUAUAUUUUCCAACCUCGCAUCUUGCAUGACGCAGAUACACACACACACACCCACUCAAGGUCGUACCCUUGGGAAAUUGGAAAAGAAAUACUCUGAAGAGAGAGAGAGAGAGAGAGAGAGAGAGAGAAAGAAAGAAAGAAAGAAAGAAAGAAAGAGAGAAAAUAGCAAAAAGGAAAGAAAACAAAAUGAAGUGUACCUAGAAGAACAUUAAACUAAAACAAGAACAAAAAAACGCAGACCUUACUAUAUAGAGCAGACAGCUCUGUCGCAGUCUGUUCGCUUAUUAUUUAACAAUUUGUGUUUUUUUUUUCGUGACAAGUAACUAGUAAUCCAGAGUCGGGGGUGAGGAUUGGGACAAAAAAAAAACGCAGGGAAGAAGAGAGACACACACACACACAAAACAAAACCAGUGCUUUACUUACUUAGAUACAUUUAUAUUCGCAUAUAAACUCUCUUUAACCUUAUUAGCUGAACACACGCUUCGGCUUCGAAGCGCGGCGAACUUUCUUCUGCAUGUUUUCAUUAAAUUUUCAAUCGUACAUUCUAAACAAAAAACAAAGGAACAACACGCAAAACAACACUACCUUACAUGUACUCUAAGACCAUUAGACUAUGGAUAAAGCUAUAACUCUAUACAUACGAAAAUAUAUAUAUAUAUUUGCGUACAUACAGAUAUGCAUGUUAUAGAUAUAUAUACAUACAAAACUUGGAAAAAUCCCAAAGGAAUAAAGCGGAAAGCGCGAAAGCAGCAGAAGCCAAACGGCUGAGUGCAUUUUGUUUUGACGGGCUACUAAAAAUUACGAUCACCACUCCAACCAUCCAACCGGGGAAUCUGGAUAUUCUCAUCCCUUAUAUUCUGGGCAUUGAAGUUGCUGUGAAUGGAGAAUUUUGUUCCUCACUGAUGCUAACAAUUUGGAGGGAAAGAACACAACCGUACACCUCGCCGUUCACGUUUACAGGGGCUCGUACCGUAUAUUUGGAACUGUUGAAUCAUUUAGGGGAAUGUUGCAAAUGUUGUUAGUGGAACGUUGCAAUCAUAUAAUGGAAGCUUACUAUUAUCAGUUAGAGAAGUAUUUGCGAUCAAUCAGCUUUGGACUUUCGGCUGAGCCUUUGUACUCCUCUGACUGUUUGAAAGAUUCCAUUAGGUGAUUGCAACGUUCCAUAAUCGAUUUACAAUGUUCCACUAUUCGCCUGAAACAUUCCCUCGAGUGAUUCAACGUUUUCUUUUUUACUGGAUCGAAGCUCUGCACUACACCGUUAUGACUUAACAAGGAAAACGUACUUCGUGAUUAGAACAUACUUUUUUUUUGUGAAUAAUUGCCUCACCUUUAUUUUAAAAUUAUUAUCAAACCGAGUGGUCAGUUAAAGCGAGAACCAGUGAUAUAUAUAUUGCUUUAUGAAAAACACACACCUCAAAGCGUAGCUUAGCUGACUGCAUCAGAAGACAAGAGCACAUUAGCGCAAGCAAGCGCAACGAAGUUCGCGAUAGGAACAAACCACAAUGUACAAUAGCCCAAAAAAUCGCUCAACUCCAACGAUUUUUAUUGGAGAUCCUCGCUUUUUUGAUGUUCCGAUUUCUGGUCUUGUUUUAGCUAUAUGGUUUAUGUUACUUUUUUUUGAGGGAUAGUGUUUUAAUGUGCCCAACAUUAUUAUAGUAAAGCACAUACAACAAAAAAUAUCGUUAACGACAAACGUUUGACAAUAUUAUCUAUCGUUUUAUACUUACUUUCUUACUGAGAUUAUCGCUCUUUACUACGAUUACCUUCCUUCUAGCUAGUUUUAAUUAUUUUUUCUAAGACAGUGUUUAAGACAGAACGGUUUGUGUUGUGAAGAAAUAAGGGAUGCAGUUAAGGGAAAACAGGAUAACCGGAUUGGUGACGCUCAAUAGCUUUCGACGAAGUCCUCCGGACACUUGAUCUUUAGCAGGAGGACACGCUGAAGUUGACGAGUGUAAGAGUGGUAAAGAGGUUGCUUUAAGCAUAGAAAGGAAAUGAAUGAGAGAGAGAGAGAGAGAGAGAGAAAGAGAGAGAAAGCAGGAGAAAUGUAAUAAAAGGCAUCGCUAGAAAGGUUAAUAAAUUAGCAAGGUAUUGGACGCUCUAGAUAUUGUUUGCAGUUAAAUAAACGAACAACAACAAAAAAGCAAAA